UGUUAGUGAAUGCAUAGUAUUCUCCGAUUUAUCGUACAAUUAUUUUAAUAGUAGUUGUCAAGGGUAAGAUUAAGGUUGUGCACAUAUAAGAAAAAGACUGCGCUUGACCUUUUUAGUUGCGUUUUAAUUGUUGCAAAGAAAAUGAUGGGUGAUUUAAAAAAUAUUUCGUUUAUAUUAUUUACCGUCUUAUGGAUUACUUCAUCAGAGGGAUCACCAAAAAAAUGGCCUUCGCGAUUUCCACGAUGUUACAGAGACGAUCCCAAUAUAAAUAAGUGUAUCUUAGAAGCAACGAAGAAAAUGAAACCAUUUUUACAACAAGGCAUUCCCGAAUUUAACAUACCAACAAUAUCCCCAUUCUUCGUUCCUGAAGUAACAAUCCAACAUGGCAGCAGAGGAGAUUCAAUAAAUUAUAAAGUUAUGCUCAAGAACUUGCAAAUAUUUGGAUUUGACACCUACAAAUUUGAUAAAUUUGAUUUUGACGUGAAAAAUUUACAAUUUCAAUCAUCAAUGAAAAUGGAUGCCAUGUACCUAAAAGGACAUUACAUAGCAGAUGGUAAAAUUUUAAGUAUACCGGUUAGUGGUAAUGGAACAAUGAGUUGCAACGUUACAAACACAAGUGGCACUCUCAAACAAGAUGGUAAAAUUGUUUUAAGAAAAGAUAAUAUUAAAUAUUUGGAGCUAGAACCUCCAGUUAUACAUAUCAACGUAGGAAAAAUUCUUGACUACCAUUAUAACGGAUUAUUUGAUGGAAAUGAAGUGCUUGCCAAGGCUGCCGAGAAAAUUUUCAAAGACUAUCAGGAAGAGCUGACCGAAGAAGUAAAACCGGCAAUAGAAAAAAUUAUUGAAGAAAUAGUGUAUGAUCUACAGAAGAAGACUACUUAUAAAGUUCCAUACGAUGAAUUAUAUCCUAUCCACGGAUAAAAACUAUCUGCCAUAUUAAAAAAAAAAAAAGACACGAUUAAUUUACAGGGUACAAAUCGGGAUUCAAUUUUCUAUAAACAUUACAAUACUGAUAUUGAAACAAUUGCAGAAAUUUGCAACAAUAAUAAUGAAUUAAGUUAAACAGUAUGUCUUUGGCCACAUAUUGUUUAUUUAGUUCCAAGUCUGUGAUAUUUUAAAAAUUAAGUACGUUAUUUUUUUAGCAUAACACAACUUUUUGUAAAUAUGUGUCCUUAAAGAAAUGCAGAAUAAAUUCGGGAAUUUAAAGUGUAAUCAAAACACUUACGAGGCCUAAAUGGUACAAUUAUAGCAAUUUAGAGAGUUGGUUAUUAUGUCACUUUUUUUUUUA